CCGCAGUCGUCAAUAUUAAGACCCUUCUCAACUCCGCCACUGCAGCCCUCACUCCCCAGUAUUAGUCCAUCUUCCUAUGUCGGACCGCGUCACGGGUGGGCUUGAAGCACUUCUUGCCGCCUUUGCCAUCGGUUUUGCGCUCAAAAUUUAUUUUGCCAAACCGAAAGCGCCUCACGAUGUUCGAUAUCCACCGGGUCCGACUCCGCUUCCAAUCCUAGGCAAUGCACUGGCAGUCGAUGUGAAUACCCCUUGGCUUACCUACAAGGCAUGGGGCAGCAAAUACGGCGACAUCGUAUAUAGCCGGCUAUUUGGUCAAGAUAACAUCGUUAUCAACUCUGAGAAAAUUGCAAGAGACCUCCUCGAACAUAGGUCACAUAACUACUCUGACCGACCAGAGAUCGCAACCAAUGAACUAUUUGGCGUCGACUUCAAUACCGCAUUCAUGCGAUACGGUGGCAGAUGGCGGCUUCAGCGGAAAUUUCUUCACCAGUCCUUCCGGGAAGAUGUAGUAGACAAUUUUCGGCCCAUGCAAGUAACAAAAAGUCAUGAACUCGUAUUGAACCUCCUGGAGUAUCCUUUGGACUACCCGAAACAUUUUGAUGCGCAUUCAGGUUCGGUUAUCAUGUCUGCUGUGUACUCAUACGAUGCAGCACGCCGGAAUGACCACAUGGUUGGGCGUGCAGCCUUGGCUCUGGAUAUCAUACUGAAAGAGAUGAGACCAGAGGUAGCUGCCGUCUUCACUGCUUUUCCAUUUCUUCUUUGCCUUCCCUCUUGGCUCCCUGGCAUGCGCCUCAAGAGAGUUUCACCUUUAGCCAGGCAAUUAGCCAUAGAAAACUUGGAAAACCCAUUUGCGCAUACGGAGCGUGGUCUGGCUGCGGGAUCCAUCUCUUCUUGCAUGGUCGCUGACCAUUUACUGGAACUCGACGACAGUGACGGUGAUUCAGCCUGGCAGAAGAAAGCGAUAAAGGAAUCUGCGUCGACCGCUUUUGGGGCUGGCACUGAGACAACAGCGUCUGUUAUGAUGAACUUCAUCCUUGUGAUGAUUCUUCACCCACACAUACAAGAGAAAGCGCACGAUCUUGUUAAGAGCGUGGUUGGCACGAAGCGACUGCCGACGUUCCAGGAUCGUGCAUCCUUACCCUACGUUGACGCCAUUUUACGCGAGUGCCUGCGGUGGCACCCAGUGCUUCCUCUUUCAAUCAUGCAUGCUGCUGUCGAAAGCGACGUUUGCGAAGGUUAUUACAUACCCAAAGGUGCUAUAAUCACUCCAAAUGUUUGGGCGAUGUGCCACAACGAAGAGAAAUACCCCAAUGCGUCUGAAUUCAAUCCUGACCGUUUCCUGAACCCAGACGGUACUCUGACAGACGAUACUGUAAGCGUCGUAUGGGGAUUUGGACGACGGAUAUGCCCUGGUCGUCAUCUCGCCGAAGCUUCUUUAUGGUCUGCCAUGGUCUGCUUGCUUGCAGUUUUCAAAUUUUCCAAGGCCAAAGAUGAGACUGGCAGCGAGAUCGAGAUCGAGCCGCGGUGGCAUGGGGGGAUUACUGUGCGGCCUAUGCCAUUUCCUUGCAGUAUCACUCCGCGAAAUGCAGACAUGGAUAUCACGGCCUUGCAGCAUUUGAUUAGUGUAUCUGUUUAGAUUGGUCUGUUCUGCUGCCCGAACCUUGUACAACAUUAUCUACGCUGUCUUGAGGAUGUACAUAUCACAGCCUGACCCGAUAUAACACAAGUAUAGUAAAAACGCUUGCCGUGCAA